AUGUCGAGCUUGACGCCUCAUCAACUCUUCGCAAUGACUCCUUCUAGCAGUAUGUGGGAUGCUCUUGGUGGCCUCGGUGUAGGAGGUGCUGCAGGACCUUACGCUGUUUCGGCCGCCAAUGCAAUUCUUUAUGCCCUUUUCUCAGUUGUCUGUAUCAUCGCAGGUGUCGUCAAUAAUCGCAUCAGUCUCAACUACGGGCUUGCCAUCGGUUCGAUUGGAUAUCCACUCUACGGGGCGGGCCUAUACACAAACAACUACAAGACAAAUACUUGGUUCCUGCUAUUCGGGGCUGCUGCGUGCGGUAUCUCUGCAGGUUUCUUCUACGCUGCCGAGGCUGCGAUCGUGAUUGGAUAUCCUAGUCACAGCGAGCGUGCGUUUUACCUAACCAUCUGGGCGACAGCCAAGGCGGUCGGGCCCAUCGUCGGCGGUGCUAUCAACCUUGGAACCAACGUAAAGAGGAAUUUUGUCGGCCAAGUCAGCGACACGACUUACAUUAUUUUCAUGGUCAUCAUGUGUCUAGGUCUACCAAUUGCCCUCUGCCUCAGUCCGGCGAGCAAGGUACCUGGUAGACGAUGUACUUUACCGGUUGGAUUUUUAAUCGUCAUUUUCAUCAUGAUUGGGACUUGGAUCUGGGCAAUCAUCCUUCAGAAGCGAUUCUAUGAUGCUGAGACACGCCUCAUUCUCGAUUGGGGAGAUAAAGACUACCCUGCCGCUUUUUUGCUCAGUUUCUUCUGGUGGCUUGGAGGCCAGGGGUUUCAACAGUAUCUAUACUGGCUUAUUGGCCAGUAUAGUACCAAUCUUUCCUCUUUAUCUCAUCACACAGGCAUUUGGCGAGGUAUUGAAGCUGUUGGCCAAACUGUCGCUUGGGCGUAA